UCAGAUAAUCAAUAAAUAUAGCUAUUUUCGUAAAUACUUGUUAGAAUUUCACGUAAUUAAAAUUGACGAAAUGUCUACAGUAUCGUUGGAUGAUUAUAAAUUAAGUUGUGAACUUUUCGGACAUGGCACGGAUGUGCGUGCCGUUGCAGUCGGUGAAACAAGUUGUAAUGGAGAAAUUAUAAUCUCUGGUUCUCGCGAUAAGACAACUAAGUUAUGGAAAUGUGAGAAUAAUGAAUUUAAUGAAAUGAUUACAUUUGAACACCAUGUCAGCUUUGUUAGUUGCGUUUAUUAUGCAAAGCAGGAGGAUUGGAUAUGCAGUGGCAGUAAUGAUGGCACGGUUUGCAUAUAUAAAACAGAUAGUAAUGUUCCCAUUUUAAUACUAAAAGGACAUCAGAGUAAUGUUUGUGCUAUAUCAAGUGGCUUAGAGAGUCGGAGCCUUAUAACAGGAAGUUGGGAUGGUACAGCAAGAGUGUGGAAAAUUAAUCGAGAAGGAGUUGCUACAUUUCUUAAAUUAAUUGGACAUACAGCAGCUGUAUGGGCAGUAGACGCAAUGCCCACAGUAAGUCAAUAUGUAACUGGCUCAGCUGAUAAAAAAAUUUUUAUUUGGAACGAUAAGGGUGAAAAAAUACGUACACUUUCUGGUCAUACUGAUUGCAUACGUGGACUAGAGGUCUUGCCAAGCAAUUUUCUAGUAUCUGCUGGUAACGAUUCUGUUAUACGUUUGUGGGACGAAAGUGGUAAAUGCGUUGGAAAGCUAAAUGGUCAUACUGAUUACAUUUAUUCUAUUGCACAAAAUACUGGUGUUGGAACAAAUAUUAUUGUGUCUUCAGGCGAAGACAGCUGUUUGCGUAUGUGGGAUCUAACAGAAGGUAUAGAGUUAGGUUUACCUAUACUGCACCCUGGCGGAUCAGUUUGGUCAGUUGCUUGUUUCAAUAAUGGCGAUAUUGUAACUGGUUGUAGUGACGGUGUAGUACGAGUUUUUACUAAAGAGCCUAAACGGUUCGCUAGUGAAGCUAAACUUGAAGCUUACGAUAGUGCAAUUAACGCCAGGAAACUGCAAAUGAAUGAAACAAUUGGAACUCUCAACAUUUCUGAGCUUCCAGGCCCAGAAGCUUUGUUGGUAAGUGGAAAAAAGGAUGGUGAGAGUUUACUGGUAAGUUAUUCUGAUGGUUCAGUUAAGUGUUACAAUUGGCAAGCUGAUGUAUGGAAGCUAGUUGGCGAUGUAAUAGGCGCUUCUGGUGGAAGUGAGAGUACAUUUGGCAAAAUACUUUACGAAGGUAAAGAAUACGACUAUGUUUUUUCUAUUAACAUUUCAGAUUCGCUGCCAGAAAUAAAGUUGCCCUAUAACCGUGAAGAGAAUCCAUGGAUUGCUGCGCAAGUUUUUUUGAAUCUUCAUAACUUACCACAGACAUAUUUGGAUCGGGUAGCAAAUUUUGUGAUUAAAAACUCGAGUGGUAACGUUCCAUCAAUUGGUGAGAGCAGUUUUCAAAGCUCUUUGUCUGGUAGCACACGUUAUUUGCCUGAUUCAUUACUUGGUAGUAUCAACAGUUCUGUUGCAUCAUUGUCUGAUACCAAUAUUGAGAAGCAUUUUCCUAUUAACAAAUACAUAGUAUUUCAUAAAUGUGAUGCAGAUAAAGUCAAAAAGAAACUAGAAGAAUUUAAUAGUACGAUGCCGAAUGAAUAUAAGGUAUCCCAAACAGUUUUGGAGUUGGCUAAUUUAAUGGCAGAAUGUCCAACUGCAGCAGAUGAGAAUAUCGUUAUGGCGCUAAAUCUUUUGUUGGAAUGGCCAAAUGACAAGAUAUUUCCUGUUCUCGAUAUAAUACGUUUGGUGGUUCAAGAAGAGGAGGCUUUUACAAUUUUUGAAAACCAUCACUUAAUGGAUAAAAUGUUACCACUCUUAAAAACAAAUGACGCAAACCAACUAAUGAUUCUACGUUCUUUGGCUAAUAUGCUACGUCACAACAAUGGACAGGUUCACAUCAGGCAACGUUUACAUAACUUGCUGCCGCUACUUAAGGACAUAAGAGAUGGCAGUUCCAAUUUGCAAAUUGCACUUGCGGUCUUUUACUUGAAUUUGUCCAUAACCCAGACAAAUGACUUAACAACUACUGAAUCGUCUAAAUUUAUUACUGAGGGUCUUUCUGACUUUUUUGAAUGGAGUACUGAUUUAGAGGCCUGCUAUCAUGGUAUACAAGCACUUGGAAAUUUAACAACAACAUCAAUUCGUGAAAAGAUUAUUGCUGAUGAGUUCCUUACUGAAAGAAUUCGUGGCUUUGCAAACUUAUCUCAAACUGAUGGAAAUGCUAAAAUAAGUUCGGCAGCUAAAGCACUUUUAGAUACUUUCUAAUUUUUUUUCUAUUUUAAAU